CGAAUAUCAUUUGAGUCUAUAUCCUAUGCGAAACAGGGGGUGUUGAUAGAGUUUGAACGCCGAGUUGGACACUCCAAGUGAAGAAGUGACACAAAGUCGGCCCGUCAGACGCUAAAAUGCUUUCAUUGAGAGAACUUUUCAUCGUUAUUUCGGUGUUAUUGGUGCACAGUUAUGCUAUCGUCAGGGUUCCUCUACACAAGACGCGCACGGCAAGGCGCAUGAUGAGCGACAACGGGAUGACGGUGGAGCAACUUUUGGCAUUGGGUAAGACCAACGGCGAUCUAGCGCACCAGGGAACUACACCACCACCCGCACCUACCUCCACCCCGCCUGCUGAGAGGCUCACGAACUUUAUGGAUGCUCAAUACUACGGAGUGAUGAACAUCGGAACCCCAUCUCAAGAAUUCAAAGUGCUGUUUGACACCGGCUCCUCAAACCUUUGGGUUCCCUCUAUUCAUUGCUCCUUCCUGGAUAUCGCCUGCUGGAUGCAUCACCGCUACAACUCCAAGAAGUCCAGCACGUACGUGAAGAAUGGCACCAAGUUUUCCAUCAACUAUGGCCGAGGCAGCCUCUCUGGCUUUAUCAGUGAGGAUGUGGUCAAUUUGGCAGGUUUGAAUGUGCCAGGGCAGCAGUUUGGAGAGGCGGUGCAGCAGCCUGGCAUCGUGUUUGCUGUGGCACGCUUCGAUGGCCUUUUUGGUAUGGGUUAUCCCGCCAUCUCUGUGGCCAAGGUCACCCCUGUGUUUGACAAGAUCAUCGACAAAAAGCUGCUCCCUCAAAACAUCUUCUCCUUCUACCUAAACAGAAAUGCCCAAGCACCGGUUGGAGGAGAGCUGAUGUUAGGAGGCACUGACAAGCAGUACUACGAGGGAGAGCUGCACUAUGUCAAUGUCACACGCAAGGCCUACUGGCAGAUUAAGAUGGAUGCGGUUGCGGUUGGCAAUCAGCUCACGCUCUGUAAGGAUGGUUGCCAGGCAAUUGUUGACACGGGAACAUCCCUGAUGGUUGGGCCUACUCAGGAGAUCCGGGCGCUGCACAGGGCCAUCGGGGCUCUGCCUCUGCUGAUGGGGGAGUACUGGAUCGAUUGUGGCAAGAUCCCAACUCUGCCGGUGAUCUCGUUUAACCUGGGAGGAAAAGUCUUCAAUUUAACUGGGGAAGAUUACGUCCUACAGGAGAGCCAGAUGGGCGCUAAGAUCUGCCUGUCAGGCUUCAUGGCCAUGGAUGUGCCUCCCCCUGCUGGUCCUCUGUGGAUCCUGGGAGACGUGUUUAUCGGCCGCUACUACAGCGUGUUCGACCGCGACCACGACCGCGUGGGCUUCGCUCCUGCCAAGUGAUCAGGAAAUUGUGCAACAAGUUCUGAAGGGCCAAACAGCGCAGACCAAAAGUAGGACGUCUGACCCCCGGAACAGAUCUGGCCAAGAUCUGGUGUGGAGUCUCUUGAAUCCACUCCAAAUCGGGGAUGAUCUACUCUACUCUUAUUUUUUUUUUUUUUUUUAAGUAAGUCUAGUGCUGCUUAGAUUUGCUGUUUUGUAACGAUGAAUGAGAGGUACUUAUUAAUUAUGUAGUUUUAAACAAGCUUGUUUUGGUCAAAUAUUUAUUUUUUUCAUUAAGUUAAAGUUUAAGUUCCUGUUUGACUUGCUGUAAAAAUGGCCUUGCUGUGAAUGAAAUGGUGAAGUGACCAAAGAGCACUGAACAAACGUGGAUGAACACGUACCCUUUUAUUGCCAUAAUCUGUCAGGAGAGUGAUCGUUGCAAUAAUCUGCUUCAAUAAAUACGUUCCCACACA